GAGGCGGCGCUUGGAGCCAGAGCGGAUUCUCGGCGGAGCCUCGGCGGGGCUGCGGCUGCUUCUGGGCAGCAAAGGAGGGGAGGAAGGCCCUCCGCCGCCAACGCCGCUGCCUCCGGCCAUCCCCCCUCCCUCGGGGCCUCCCUCGGGGUCUCUCCGGCGGCGGGGGUCCCACCUGGAUGGAGCUCCGGGGCGGCGGCGCUGGAGGAAGGCCAGGCGGGGGCGGCGGCAGGAAGACGGCGGCCGACAGCAGAUCCAGCGGCUCCGGCCUCUUCGGUGGCGGCGGCGGCGGCGUCCUGGUGGCGGGGGAGUCCGGCCUUGGCCCCCGCCGCGAGCCCGGGAGCCCGCUGCGACCGAGACUGAGGCUGGUCCCGGAGCCCUUCCUCCUCCUCCUCCUCCUCCUCCUCUCGGGGCUCCGUGAGCGGCGGCCCCCGCGGCCGGCCCCCUCUGGCCGCCUUCUCCGUCCUCCUGCUGCUGCUGCUGCUGCUGCCUUCGCCAUGGCCCCGAUGCCGGAGUUCCUCGGCCCGGCCGCCGUGCUGGUCCUGGUCAGCUGCGACCUCUGCCUCGUCCGAGCAAACCGCCCGGCCUCCCCGGUGAACGUGACGGUGACCCAGCUGAAGGCGGACUCGGCCACCGUCUCCUGGGACGUCCCCGAGGGCGAGGCGGUCAUCGGCUACGCCAUUUCGCAGCAGCGGCAGGAGGGCCAGGUGCAGCGCUUCAUCCGGGAGGUGAACACGACGGCCACGCGCUCCUGCGUGCUCUGGGACCUGGCCGAGGACUCCGACUACGUGGUCCAGGUGCAGAGCAUCGGCCUCCAGGGGGAGAGCGCCCCCAGCAGGCGAGUUCACUUCCGCACCCUCCGCCGCUCCGACCGGCUGCCCUCCAACAGCUCUCUCCAGGGAGACAUCACCAUGGAGGGCCUGGACGCGGACCGUCCGCUCCAGACCGGGGAGAUCGUCAUCAUCGUGGCCGUGCUGCUCAUGUGG